CCGCCUUCUAGGUCUCUCCACAGUCGCUCUCUGCUGAGGACACGCCCCCUAUACCGUGGUAAGCCCCGCCCCUGUAAUCAGCUGACCUCCGGAGGGCUGUCAGUGCGGCUAGUGGCUCGGAGAUCUGCUGGGAUGAGACUCAGCUUUGUUUAACAUCUUUUGGCAUAAGUAAUUUGUGAUGCUGACCCAUGGACACACAGAAAGAAAGUUUGGAAGACUCCGAAGGAGCUAAAGAAAGAGGUGAAGUACACAUAUGGCAAGUGAGGUCAACUCAAGCCAAACCAGAGAGGCUUCAUGGAUUGGGGGCAAAAACUGUACUACAUGCAAGCCUUGGAAUUCAUCAUGGCUUGCUGCUCACUAGUGAUGGGGAAGUUUUUAGCUAUGGAAAGCAGCCAUGGAAGGAGAAUGCACAGGAAGUGCCCUACAGUACUCCUUUGUUAGAGAAGACAUUGUGUGGGCAGCAUGUAAUAUGUGUCGCUGCAGGAAGUUAUCACUGCGGAGCUGUAACAGACAAUGGAAUGGUUUUUAUGUGGGGCGAAAACACAGCUGGACAAUGUGCAAUUGCCAACUGCCCAUCAAUAUCCGAGCCUGUGCCAGUCACUAUAACUGAUCAGGAAUGUACUCCUCCUCUGUGGGUACGAGUUAUACAGCUGUCCUGUGGGGAAGAACAUACUCUUGCCUUGUCUGUCAAUAGAGAGAUCUGGGCAUGGGGCAGUGGUUGCCAGCUUGGAUUAAUAACCUCAACCUUCCCGGUGACCAGGCCUCAAAAAGUUGAACAUCUUUCUGGCCGGAGAGUUCUUCAGGUAGUGUGUGGGGCAUUUCACAGCUUGGCCUUGGUGCAAUGCCCUCUUGCCAAAGAUGUGAGGACUGUGCCAGAGAGAUGCAACCAUUGCAGAGAGCUGCUUAUCACUAUGACAGAGAAAGAAGACCAUGUUAUUAUUUCUGAUGCCCACUGCUGUCCAUUAGGUGUAAUGUUGGCAGAAUCCCGACCUGACAAAAGAACUAGUCAAUUUUCAUUGAGCUCCGGGGUUAAAGGAACAGGGCCUAGUUUAUGCUAUUUGGAGUCACAGGAUGGCAGUACACAUAGUCCAAAACAAGGAGAAUCUGAAACUGAGAUUGGCACCGAUGUGGCCAGUAUUUGCGAAAGUGAUAUUGAUGUGACUUUUGAAAAGCAAAUGUGUGAAAGCACUUUACCGUCUAACACUGAGCCAGCUAAUGGCGUUUCCUCUCCAAAUGAUACUACUUCAGAACAUGCACAGUUCAAACGCACCUUUAUAGGAGGUGCGAGAUGCAGUGAGGGCCCGUUCACACGUAGUGUGGUGACCUGCGCUGUGCUGCACCAGGAGGGUACGCCGCAAGAAUUAAGUGACUCCUUUCUCAAUCCUGCUACUACUACAUCAUCAGCCCUCAACAGCCUAGUAGUGUCCUGUGCAUCAGCGGUGGGCUUCCGAGUGGUAGCCACAUGUGAAGCUGGGGCUUUGUCACUCAAGAAGGUGAUGAACUUUUAUUCUGGAACUCUAGGGGAUGCUGAGGCUCGGUCUACUGUCAUUUCCACUACACAGGAAGGGUUGAAGGACAGCAGAGAAGAACAAGUGAAACUGGAGUCCAUGCAAGGCAAGAAGAGCUCCAGUUUGGUGGAUAUACGAGAAGAGGAAGCUGAAGCUGGAAACAGGAGGCUUUCCCUGCCUGGGCUGCUUUCCCAAGUAUCCCCUAGGCUCCUUAGAAAGGCCGGGAGAGCACGGAUGAGAACAGUUGCACUGACUCCCACUAAUAGCGGGGAGGCUGAUGUAUUACUGCCCUGUCUAAGGACUGAAGUUUGGAGUUGGGGAAGAGGCAAAGAGGGUCAGCUGGGACAUGGCGAUGUCUUGCCAAGACUACAGCCAUUGUGUGUCCGCAGCAUGGAUGGCAAGGAGGUGGUGCAGCUGGCAGCCGGAAGCCACCAUUCAAUUGCCCUUACAGCAAGGUCGCAGGUUUAUUCUUGGGGAAGCAAUGCUUCAGGACAGCUGGGUCAUACACAGACACCAACAACUAUGCCACGGCUCGCCAAGGUGUGUGAAGAUGGCGGAGUGUGGACUAUAGCCGCUGGGCAGGAUCAUUCACUCUUACUGGCACAUGGAAAAAAUGAGUUCCAGCCUGUUGUAUAUUGCAGUGGACUUCAAUCAGCAGAAGAGGCAAGUGGACCAGAAACAAGCCAGACACCAGUUCAACUACCCAGUUGUAGCACGCUGGGAUACAUCUGCAAUGUUUACAUUGGAGCAAAUAGUGGCUUGGCACUUGUAGACCAAAAUAUGAUGGGCUAUAUUGGAAACCUCCACGAGCUUGCCGCAACUGAGAGGAGUUUUUAUUGCCGGCUAAGUGAUGUCAAGUCACAAAUUCUUAGAACUCUUUUAGGACUGGAUAACCUGGGUACUUUAACAGCUGUUCAGCUUCUGCAGGACAUGGCAACAAAGUUCAGCAAACUCUGCUACUUGAUUGGCCAGCAUGGAACCUCCUUAAGCAACUUCUUAAGAGGAGCAAAGGAUGCAAGUAACCUUUCAGUCUUGGAGCACUCAAAUAUCUUCUUGGAUAGUUAUACAGAGUAUAGCUCUUCUCUUUGUAACUUCUUGGUCAUGGGAGGUUUUUCACUUUUGUCUAAACCAGCCAUGGAUUUCUUCAGUAAAAACCAAGAGCUUCUACAGAAUCUCAGCGAUAUAAAGGAGGAAGACAGUACAGUUCUUGAGACGCUUAAUAGCCUCUUCUUUUCACCAAUUACCCGUCUGCAUGAGUAUGCCAGAUUGCUGCUCAAACUGGCCAUGUGCUUUGAAGUGUCCUCACCAGAAUACAAGAAGCUGCAGGACUCCAGCAAUAACUAUGAAAAAUUAGCACUUGCCCUGAACCGGAAGAAAAAGGAAGCCGAGUAUACAUUGGGGUUCUGGAAGACCUUUCCAGGAAAGAUGACGGAUUCUCUUAGGAAACCUGACCGGCGCCUGAUCUGUGAGAGUAGUAAUCGUGGGUUAUGUUUGCAAAAUGCAGGAAGGUUCUCAGUUAACUGGUUCAUACUUUUCAAUGAUGCCCUUGUUCAUGCACAGUUCUCUACACAUCACAUUUUCUCCCUUUCUACACUUUGGGUUGAACCAGUGUCUGAAGAAGUGGCUGGCAUCAAUGGAUUAAAGAUCAUAACACCAGAGGAACAGUUAACUUUGGUUGCACUGUCACCUCAGGAAAAGACUAAGUGGCUUCGAGCAAUUAGCCAGGCAGUGGAUCAGGCUCUGAGAGGAGUAUAUGAGCCUUCACCUCCUACAAGUGGAAGCACCGCGAGGCAGGAUCCCCCUUUAUCACGUAGCGCCAAGUACACUUUUUACAAGGAUCCACGAUUAAAAGAUGCCACAUAUGAUGGCCGUUGGCUAACUGGAAAACCUCAUGGCAGAGGAGAAUUGAAGUGGCCUGAUGGAAGGGUAUACGACGGUGAAUUUCGGAACGGUUUGGAGGAUGGACUUGGAAAGUACAAUAUUCCCAAGAAAUCCUUAAAAAAGGAAGACUGCUAUCUUGGCCACUGGAAAGAUGGAAAAAUGUGUGGUCAAGGAACAUUCUGGUAUGCUAAUGGAGAAGUAUAUGAAGGCUGUUUUCAGGAUAACAGCCGCCAUGGUCAUGGACUUCUUCGUAGUGGCAAACUGACCUCCUCUUCACCCAGCAUGUUUAUUGGUCAAUGGGUGAUGGAUAAGAAGACAGGCUAUGGAGUCUUUGAUGACAUCACAAGAGGAGAAAAAUACAUGGGGAUGUGGCAAGAUGACCUCCGGCAGGGCAAUGGACUUGUGGUGACACAGUUUGGAUUGUACUACGAAGGAGCAUUUAGUUUGAAUAAAAUGAUGGGAAGUGGCGUUCUGCUGUCUGAAGAUGACACUGUUUAUGAAGGAGAAUUUUCAGAUGACUGGACAUUGACUGGAAAGGGAGCGCUUCGAAUGUCCAAUGGAGACUGUAUCGAGGGUGUUUUUGGUGGAGAGUGGGGAGCUGGAAUCAAAGUCAGUGGCACGUACAUAAAACCAAGCAUAUACGAAGGGGAAAAGGAAGAAACCAAGACCUACAGAAAUCUGGGUCGCCUUUCAGUCCCAGCUAACGAGAAAUGGAAGGCUGUUUUUGAGGAGUGCUGGAAUCAGCUUGGUUGUGAGAUUCCUGGAAAAGGAGAUCCCCAGAAGGCCUGGGAUAACAUUGCUGUGGCUAUUACUACUAAGAGGCGACAACAGCAGGAAAGCCCAGAACCACUGACCCGAUCCCACACACAGACACUUGAGAGUUUGGAGCGAAUUCCUCAGCACGAUGGUCCCUUCACAAUGGAGAAAUAUGAUAAGAUUAAGACAUAUUUAAUAAAUGCGUGUGAAACACCGAUGCAUCAACUGGGAAGGCUUGUGGAGACCCUUGUAGCUGUAUACAGAAUGACUUAUGUAGGUGUGGGAGCCAACAGAAGACUCUUAAAAGAAGCAGUGGGAGAAAUCAAAUCCUAUCUGGAGCGUAUUUUUCAGUUGGUGAGGUUUCUGUUUCCUGAUCUUCCUGAAGAAGGCAGCACAAUUCAGGCAUCAACUAUUGUCAAAGAAUGUCCAGACAAGCCUCAUAUAUGUAAUGGAAGAGCAGGGUCUGGGUCUGAAUCCCCUGAACCAGGGUAUGUGGUGACUAGUUCAGGACUACUGCUGCCUGUGCUGCUGCCUAGACUCUACCCUCCAUUAUUUAUGCUUUAUGCUUUGGAGCAUGAAAAGGAAGAAGACUCCUACUGGGAGUGUGUCCUGAGAUUGAACAAGCAGACGGACACAGCACUUCUCGCCUUCUUGGGUAUACAAGAGAAAUUUUGGCCGACUAGCAUUAAUUUCUUGGGCGAAAACAAAAAGGUGUUACCAAGCACUAAAGAUUCUUGUUUUUCCUCUGCAGUGGAGUGUCUACAGCAGAUAAGCACUACAUUCACACCAUCAGAUAAACUCAAGGUCAUUCAGCAAACCUUUGAGGAAAUUACACUGGAAGCUCAAGAGGCUCUCGAGGAAGGCUUUCUGUGGUCCAUGGAUGAGCUGUUUCCUGUAUUCCUUUAUGUGGUUCUGAGAGCCAGAAUACGGAAUCUGGGAUCUGAAGUCCAUCUAAUAGAAGAUCUCAUGGAUCCAUAUCUGCAACAUGGAGAGCAAGGGAUAAUGUUUACCACAUUAAAGGCCUGCUAUUACCAAAUCCAACAUGAGAAACUCCACUAGGCUGUUACCAGGAUCAGUUAAGGAGGAUUUGACUUUUUCUGGCAUCGUGCUAAAACGUGGAGGAAUUUGGAAAAUCGAUUUACUGUGGACUAUAUAGAAUGCUGCUGUCUGUGCAAUGUCCUGACAUGGAAGGAAGAAUAAUCUCCUUGUCAACAUGAUGAAUGAUUCUGGUUCUUGUUAAAUGAUUUUUAAUUACAGAACACUGAACAAUAUAGUCAGUUUUUGUGCUAUUUUUACUGCUGAUACAGAAACCUGAGAAGAAAGUUUUAUUAUUUAAAAAUCUAAACACAAACAGCAUUUAUUAAGCAACUGCCUUGUCAUGUGGUUUAUAGAGUACAGAUAUUGUCAAAGAUCUAGCAAGAGACAAACAACCAGCUGAACAAGCUGGUCUAAUUAUACAGAAUGUGGUGAGAAACAUGUCCAUUGCUACUUCCUUUAUGUCCAACCUCAUCGCAGCAUGAGCUACUGCUUUUAUAACAUGGUCUCUUUUGUCGGGAGACCACUAAUCUGCUUCUUACAGUCCUGACAGUUUUGUAUUGUGGCGUCAGCAUUGGCAUGCAGUGUCAUUAACUAUACUUUCAUCCACAAACAGUAUUUUUCCAGUUGAUGCGCUAUGUGUAAUUAGUGUGAAUGGUUUUAUAAAAUAUUUUUAAUGUAAUCUGAUCGAAUACAGGAUCAAAUAUUCUUUUUUAUGAAGACAUUCAUUUUUUAUAUGCUUAGAUCUGUGUGGGGUUGACAGAUUAAUGUAUUGUCGCACAAGGACUACAAUGAUACUGGAAUACUUUUCAUUAGUGAUUAAGUGUAACGAGGUGCGUUACUUUAUGCAAUGUUAACUUUUAAAAAGAAGAAUAGCAAUGCAGUGACAUGCAGAGUUUGUGGUUUUAUAACAGAAUAGAGAAGGUAUAAGGAAGCGAGAACUCCUUUGCACAUUUAUAAAGCUAUUGCUGCAGGACUUUAUUUAUAACCACAGGUGGUAGAACCA